CGUAUCCGCCCCCUUGUGUCCUGCUCCGCGCUCCCUCUCUCGCGCACAGUUCACGGAGAAUGAGAUGAGAAUGAAAUGAGAACAGUCAUGGAGGAGCUGAGCGCGGUAGGAGGGCAGGUCUUUGAUGCCGAGUGUAUCCUCAACAAACGCCUGAGGAAGGGCAAAGUGGAGUAUCUGGUGAAGUGGAGAGGAUGGUCGUCCAAGUAAGUGAGAGCUGAGACACAUACUGCCUUUAUUAUGCAUGUUAUACAUAACAGUUGGGAACCUCAGGAAAACCUUCUUGACCCGAGACUAUUGGCUGCGUUUAACAAGAGGGAGCAAGAGAGGGAGCUCUUGAUCCGCAAUAAGGGGAAACGGCCUCGGGGACGACCCAGAAAAAUAUUGGAAACCAUCCCAGUGGUAUCCAAAUCAAGCAGCUCGUCCUCAUCGUCUUCGUCUUCUGGUUCAUCGUCUUCCUCGUCUUCUUCCUCUUCUUCAGAUGAUGACGAUAAUGAAGAUGACAACGACGACAGGAAUCCAAAACCGAGCCCUCGUCCACGAGAGCACCACCCGGUCCCUCAGAAGAAAGCCCAGAUUGUGGUUGCCAAGCCAGAACCGCCGAAGAAGAAGCGAGGGAGGAAAGCGCUUCCUCCGGAGCUGAAGGUGCAGCGCCAGACCAAAGGUCCCCGGAAGAUGCUCAAGCCCUUUUCCAGAGACUAUGAGGUCCAAGGGAGCAUAAAGAAACCACUCAUGCCUGCAAGCUUCACUUACACCGGGUUGAACCGAAACUCUGGACGGGAGAUGAUGACACUGCAGAAUAGAGGUUCUUUUACCCAGAAGAACUCUUUAAGUUCCUUAGGACGCUCCGUUGGAUCAGCUUCGUCACCUCCUACAUUAAGUCGGCUGCCACAAACCAAAACUGCUUCGGAUUUCAAGCUCUCUGUCUCAGAUAUGAGCAGCAGAGGAGUCGACCCCAAAACACCCACGUGCAAAUCUCCAGGAGUGGCUGCGUUGAAUCUGCACAGCAGCAAUGGACAGACCUGUCCACAACUCUCUCCAAAUGUCCCAAAAGCCUCGGAUCAGACUCUACUCCAAAGAUCAGGAUCUCUCCAGAAAUCCACACCGAGCUCAUUUUCCUCUCUUAAAACUCCUUCCAGCCUUCAAGCUCUCAACCUGCAGAGCAUCAACAAAACGGCACAGGGUAAUGGCAACUCCACAAACGACGGUUCCCACUUGAAGGGUACCUCCAACCAUAGUAGAAAAAGCUCUGGGUUAAACACGAAACACGAGCAGAGCCCUGCACCGAAUGUCCCAAGUAAGUUCCCAACCAGUCAACAAGUCCUUAAGAGUCCGCAACGGGAUAAAUCCAAACCGGAAGAUUUGUCCGAAAGACUUGGGAAAAAUAAUCAAGGAAGAGUGGAUAACAUACUCCCUCAGACUACCGAGGGCCGAGAUCAACCAGCGCAAGACAGAUCCUCCUCUAAAGAUGCAGGGAAACCAAGCAAGACCCUGAGUGAGUUGAGCACUGGAGAAGAAGGAAGCAGCUCCGAUUCUGACCACGAUUCCUCAUUUCCGAGCAACAACCGUGACUUGGCCAUCUCGGUGCAAGCAGGUCAGGACUGGAGGCCGACACGGAACCUGAUUGAACAUGUGUUUGUCACCGACGUCACUGCAAACCUGGUCACUGUAACGGUGAAGGAGUCGCCCACCAGCGUUGGGUUUUUUAGCAUCCGCAAUUACUGAAUGUUGACAACUGGGACUGCAGGCGCUCUGAGAUAAUCGGGAGAAGUUUCAAAGGAAUCAAAGGAACUGUUUGGUGCUUCUCCAUCUUUGGAUUUUACUUGUUUUAACUCUAAAUCGGACUGUUUUAGUUGGUCGGUUUUUGAGUUCUCUGAGAAGACGAGUGCCUAAAGACCUGCUCAAUCAGAGACCUCUAAAAUCUCACUUAAGCAUAGAAAUGAAUCAUAAAUAUGUUACUGAACAAAUGAUUGACCGUUAGUCUUGGUUUCCACUUCAGGGAUGGUUUCAUGUUCUCUUGAUGUUGAUUCUGAGUACAGUAUUAGUAAAUAAGGAAGUCACCAGAUCAAAACAAAUUUAUCCAAAUGUGUUAAAGCUGAAUCUCAGAUCACAUAUUGUGCCUGGUUUUAAAGCUGUCCUCUUUCUGGCUGAUAACCAUUAUAAUGAUGUUUGUUUUUGUUUUUUUGUUUUUUCUAAAAUGAAUGUUGACAUCUUUUAUACUACACAACAGUUCCAUUUAUUUAUUAUUAUUUCUCACUGAUUUUUGUUGGUAGCUGAAAUGCUGAAACAUACAGUAAAGGUUCUUUUUAUAAAAAA